UGUUCGGCGAGCAGAGCUGAGGUGGAGGCUGUCCCGUUCCUUCCGUCUUGACUCUUUCUGUCUGAGACGCUACUGGUAGAUCCACAAAUCAGUUUUUCCAGGAAUCUAAGUGGUGAAAUAUGAGUGGGCGUGUAAAAUCAAGAUUCCAAUCUAAACAAAGAAGAAAUGAUCAAAAGUCUUCCCAGGGAAUUAAUCCUGUGGUUGCCCAGCAGUGCACUGAUGAGCAACUGAAACAAAAGGAGGCACCACCUGAGAGUCAGGAUCAAGGGAAGGAAGAUAAAGGAGCACUUGUGUUUCAAGAGCCUGAUCUGAAAGCUGAUCUCUGGGAACUGGCUGAGUCAAAUAUUGGGGAUGACGGGCAGUCACAGGAUUAAAUGAAGACAAGCUGAAACCAUGCAAACUGUUCUUAUGCUGGAUAUUUCACUGUUAAAAUUCUCU